AACGGAGUUUUAGUCCUUAUAUUCAACUCUUAUCGACUACUAUUUACAUUGUAUAUUUGAAGUGCGUCGAAAAGUACACGUUAUCAUCAUGGAAAAUUCUAACUUGAAAGAAGUAAAUUAUGUUCCAACAAAUUAUGAAUACAGUACCACAAGAUUGAAGGCAAAAAAUGAAGAUAAAAAAACUGAUACACUUUUUCUACAAUUUGCAGUUAUCACAGGAAUAUUGCUGCAGCUAGAGUGUUCAGCAUUUUGGGUAUGGAUUUCAACAGCUAUGAUCAGAAUGAAAUCGAAUGAUGCAAAUAUCAACCUUCUUGAUAGAGAAAUAACUCCUAUGGAAGCCUCUCUAUUAUGUGGUAUACCUUUAUACUUCUCUUCAAUUGUUGGUAGCGUGCUUUCGAACUUGGCUGACGAAAUAGGUAGAAAAAAUAGCUUACACGUUCUGGGUAUUGCAAUGCUAAUCAGUUCUAUAGGAUUGACUCUCAGCAAUCACAUAUAUUCAAUAAUAAUAUUUUAUACCAUCAUUCAAACAAUAUCUUCUGGUAUUUGGGGAAUUCUGCCAGUAUACAUAACAGAGAUUUGUGAAGAUCACAACAGGAUCAAGUAUGGUUGCCUUAUGUCAGUUUUCACACCUUUGGGUCAAUUGUAUGGUAAUGUAAUGAAGUUAUUUCCCAGUUUGAGAACCUAUUCUAUAGUUCUUGCUGCACCGCUAAUUCCUUGUCUUGUAUGUUUCUUUUUUAUACCUGAAAGUCCAGUGUACUUAUUACUAAAUAAGAAAGAAGAAGAGUGCAUUAUAGUCUUGAAGAUGUUACGAAGUAACAAGACUGAAAAUGAAAUAAGACAAGAUUUGAAUGAAAUUGGACGAAGUUUGCUAGAUACAAGAAAUAAUAAGUUAACAGAAAGUAUAGGUCUAGUAAAACUUCUCAAACGGAGAGAGGGUCGAAUUGGUUUAAUUUUGGCUAGUUUGCCACUUUAUGCACAGUAUUUUUCUGGUGUUUUUGUUAUAAUGCCUCAAUUAGCACCAACUUUUAAUAAACCAAGUUCCAAGGUAUCUGCCGAUACUAUGACAUCAAUUGUUGGUAUAAUUGAAGUGAUUAUUUUUACUAUCACCACUUUAAUAAUACAAAAAACUGGUAGGAAACCUCUGCUGAUGGUAUCUUCAAUGGGAGCUGGUAUUAUGGUAUCAAUAAUAGGAGUUUAUUUUUAUUUGGAAGAUCAUGGUUACCCUUUAACGGAUAAUUUCCAUUGGUUACCAGUUAUAUGCGUUGUAAUUUAUAGAGUUUUUUAUUCUUUUGGACUUGGCCCGAUACCUAUGGCUACAAUGAGCGAACUAUUUUGUCCGCAACUCAGAGUAACUGCUCUCUCAUUUAUCUCAGUAACUAUUGGUCUGUUGCUAACAAUAUACACAACGACAUUUUCAUUACUUAUCCAGAACAUUGGGAUACAUCAUUCUUUGUGGAUAUUCGGCUUUUCGUGUUUUCUCAAUACCAUACUUUUUGCCUUCAUACUACCAGAUACAAAAGGUAAAAGUGUGAUAGAAAUUCAAGAAAUUUUGAUGGAAUACCAAGUACGAAAAUAAAGAUUUGAGAAUCCA